AUGGAAUCUCACCAGCAGUCUAAUCCCACGCCGUCCCCCUGGGAAUCAGACUCCGCCGCCAGCCCACCACUGUCAGCCCUAUCCCCAGAGUCAGACCCCACCUCGUCCUCUCUUCAGUCCUUGGAAAUCAUCUCCACCCACUUCCACACCGCCAACUCCGGCCUGCCAACCGAUAUCCUAUCCAUCCCUCCAUCAGCUCCGGCCUCUCAUCCACACCCAGAUCCUUCCAGGCCCAGUUGCAGUGAUCAUCCAUCCGGACUUACCUCCAUGCCCUCUUCUCUAGCUUCUCCAGAUCCUCCGCGUCAUCCUCUCACUCAGACCCCUUCUCAAACUCAAAACACCGCCUCACCAGCCUCCAAGUCCUCCGACUUGUCCGUCCAUCCCCAUCCACCACCUCAACGCUUGAGUGUCCUUCGCCAGGGUGGAACCGCCAGCGUUCUCGACUUGGCCAGCUUGGUUCGAUCGGCCCGUGACCGAGCCCAGCAAUCCAGUGAUUUCAUCUGCUCGCCUCCCCUAUACAAUUAUUAUUAUACCUCCACAUCCUCCUUCAAUUUUCCUCCCCUUCGCCCCGGCCUCAGCGACUCGACUCAAGAAAACCUUCACUCCUCAAACGCCUCCCUAGAACCCAAAUCCCUCUCGCUAUCUCACUCGUCCAUCCAAAACCACCAGAUUAUUCCCACCCUCGAUCGUCAUGUGCGAGCUGAACGGGAGUCUUCUCCCUCCUCAUCCGCCCAACUUUCGAGCGUCGACAUCGCGAGCCUUGCCGAGCCGGCCUCGACCAAAACUCAACAGCACCCCGAGCCGGGGCUCUCCUCAUCUCUGGUGGGGCAUGAUGAUGAGAUUGAGUCCAAGAAACUGCGGAACCCCGAUCCGGAGGCGGAGCUGGAAGCCAAAAUGAUGUCAUCCUGUCUGCCGAUUUCGAUGGACGCGAUGCGCUCGUCGACCGGCCCUAAGAAGCGUAAACCCCACCGGAGUAAAUCUCAGAGCGGAGGUCUACACGCCUUCUGGGCACUCGGUCCUCACGAAGCCCUCCCCGAAUCAUCUGUCGAUCCCUGCUCCUCGACCCAAUCGAACCCCCCUCCGCUCACUCGCACCCGGCUCCGCUCCCUCUCCGGGCCAUCCUCAAACGACCCACAGCACUCUCUCAACACCAACGCUGUCCCGGGAGCAGGCAUCCUGAGCCCGUUCCACACCGGUUCUACAUAUGUACACCAUCUCUCUCGAUCGGCGUCGAUCUUGAGCGGAUUCCUGAUUGGAUUCGCAACGGCAAGAUUUGUAGUAAUCAUCUCAGUUGCAAAAAUGGUAACAAGCUUUGAAUCUCGCGGCUCAUAA